AUGGACCAAGCCUUACAAGAGGAACACCAGAAAUGGAAACAGGAGCAUCCAGAUGAAGCCUACGACCCUACACCACCUCGUCCCCGAUGGCAGGAAGACCCUCGAUUCGAUGAUCCCAAGAGGCCAUACAAAAACCCACCGAUCCUCUUUGAUCCCUCGGAUGAGGACGAGUCAGAUGUCAACUUACUUCAAAGAGUGACGGAAAAUUGGGAUGACGAUGAAGACGAGGAAGUGGGCAUAAUCAAACAACCCGAAUCUCUUUCUGGAUAUGAGUCAGAUGGAUCAUUCGGGAUGAAUGAGUCUUAA